CCCAAUAAUUGAUGAUGAAUUAAUCCUAUAAUGAAGGCAUGCUUAUGUUUAAGGGUUGUAGAUCAUCUGUAUGCUGUAAAGUUUGUAUGUUUCUGGCUGCAGUAAGAGUGAAGACUACAACCAGAAGACCAUGGAAGAGGCUCUGAAUAAAGUGGAAGAGAUGGAGGCUAAUCUGGGAGGAACUGAGAUCCUUGAGCCACUUAAACACAUUUACAGACAGCCCUCCAUUCCCAGUCAACCUCGACAAGUAUUUGUCUUUACUGACGGAGAGGUGGGGAACACAAAAGAAGUCAUAAAUCUGGUGAAGCAGAAUUCAGCCUCCCACAGGUGUUUCUCCUUUGGGAUCGGGGAAGGGGCCAGUUCUGCUCUCAUCAACGGGUUGGCCAAAGAAGGAGGAGGCCACGCUCAGUUCAUCACAGGGGCCGACAGGAUGCAGCCCAAAGUGAUGCAGUCGCUGCGGUUUGCUCUGCAACCGUCCGUGGUGGACGUCUCAGUCAAGUGGGAUCUGCCGAGCGGAGUCUCUGUCACUGCUCUCUCUCCACCGAUCGCAGCACUUUUCCAGGGUCAAAGGUCACUGGUUUACGCCCAGUUCACUGGACAGAGUUCGGAGGCGUCAGAGGGCUGUGUGACGGUGGCGUACAGCCUGGCAGGUCAUCCCUCUCAGACCCAGCUCCACUUCAGUCUCAAACCUGCAAAGGACUCUGGACUAACGGUCCACAGGUUGGCCGCUCGGACCGUGAUCCGCUCUCUGGAGAUGGAGGUGAGAGAGCCUGGAGGACAGGAAGACGCAGGAGGGAAGAAGAAGGUGGUGGAGCUCAGCGUCCAAUCAGGAGUGAGCAGUGUCUUCACCGCCUUCAUUGCCGUCAACAAAUCCAACAGCGAAGCUAUUCAAGGACCUCUGCUGCGCAGAACGAUUCCAAUAUCCUGUGAGUCAUUUCUAUAGAAAUAUAACAGCAAU